CAACCCAUGCCGUGUUUCCGUGUUCUAACCGUGUUGUAAACAAACCCCCGGUUAAACAGUGUAUCUGCUAUGGUUAACAGGCUGAAUGUAUCGAUUAUUUCUUCACAAAAAGCCCCGAGUGAACGUUUUAUCUGACGUGUUUAUGUCCACUUUUAACAACUCUGGUAUGGACGUAAAAUGUACAGACAAUCGGUCGAUCCAUUCCGACAACAUCGCAGAGAUUCAUAACAUCCCGAUGCAUAUCAUCAUAAGACCGAUCCCCCCUGUGCUCGACGAACAAAAAGUGGAGAGCUUGAUGUGUACAAUAAAGGAGACAGAAGACGUCGAGACCGUCCCCCCGAUUGAUGUCCUUUGGAUCAAAGGCAGAGAAGGGGGAAACUACUACUAUUCAUUUGGAGGAUGUCACAGAUUUGCGGCGUACCAAAGAUUGCAACUGAAGACAAUACCAUCCAAGCUCUUUAAAUCUAGCAUCUCGGACUUGAGGAUUUACUUGGGGUCUUCAACGCCAGAUCUACUCUAA